GGCAACGACAUAAUUCGAGACAACCGUGGAGCUGCGCCUCACCCCGUCCGAGUUUCCCAUUUGUUUCUCACACCCUCAGCCUCGACCAGCCCUAAUCAGCUACGCCCCAGGAUGAUCGUGCCCCUGUGAAGCUCAACAUCUCCGUUCGCGUCUCCACUUUUCUUCUCCAGUUUACACAUCUCCCCAGUCUCGUCCGAGUACGCCGGUAGCACUAUUCAUGGCGGGGGCAUGGAAGACAUUGACGAUGAUUACUUCUCCGACGACCUUGAUUCCCUGCCUCCGGGUACAUUGUACGAGCUCGAGCAGAAUGCUUUCCAGGCGACUCAAGGUCCAGCGACACUACAACAGCACAAUGCGCCGCUAGCUCCGAACGAGCCCGCCCUCGUGCACACGAGGCACACGACUGCCACCUUGAAGCCGCCGCCUCGCCUGCAUACAGGAUUGACGAAUGAUUACGAUACACUCGAGGUGGGGGAGUUGGAGGCGGAGGUCUAUGACAAUGUGGAGGCCCAACAAGCAAUCGCGCAGGCGCCUGCAGUCCUGGUUACGGAGAAUGGAUGGCCUGCCGAUGGCGGCAUGGACGAUAUGAUGGAGGUGGAUCACGAGUAUGGCCAAGCCAAUGCAUACGAGAUGAAUGCACGCAUGGAGCAACUUGAACAAGAAAGAGAACAAAUGCGACGGGAGUUGGCAGAAGCUAGGACGUUGGCCGAAACAAAAGCUGGAGAGAUUGCCAUCAUUCGCUCGAAACAGGCGCGAAUGGCCGAGGAGUAUGACCGACAAUUGGCGGCCCUGCGAAAGGCCAUGGUCGACCGGGAAACCACACACAAGGAAGCAGUCGACGCGGCCAUGUCAGAAGGCAAGAUGCUGGCGACGGAGAACCUCUUCCUCCAGCACGACCUAGCCGAGGAGGUUCAUCAGCUCCGUAAUUAUAAAACGAAGCAACGUGCCGCGGAGAAGGGUCCCCCAGUUACUCCGAAGAAAUCUCGAGUACUUCCUUUCCGUGAUGGAUUCGACGAUGAUGAGAUUGCCGUGGUGUCACCGAGCAAGUCGGCAGCACGAUCAAAGCGAGGAACCCCAACCGUCCCUGGGAAGCGGAAACGACAGGCAAGCGUUGACAGUCCGGCUCCAUUACUGCUGAACCCUGCCGGGGAGCUCAACAUGGUGGAUGCUCCCACCGAUAACUCCGGAACAGUAUUUGAUGAGGAACCCAAAUCGCGCGAAUCGGGCGCUCAUGACCAUCUUAUGAAGCGAAUUCUGAACCAUAGGAUGCUUCCUGAUCAGCAGACCGAUAUUGAAGCGUUUGCCAGACUCCACUUUCCGUCCGAGCCUCAUAAGACACUAUCUAGUAUUAUCAUGGAUGAACUGGCUCGGAUAGAUAUGGGCAACUUUGUGUUGGAAUACAUUUAUACUGUCGGACAACUCUGGCGGCGAGGACUGACAGAGAGGUUCUACGAGCCUGUCCCCCGAUUCAUGUCUAUUGCCAGAUACGUCCUGAUGAUGGAUGAGGCUCCGCUCCCGGACCUAAUCACCUCUCUAGUUGGUGUGCUACAGGACUCGGUCGAGGUCAACGCAGUUCCUCGCUUCAAAUACUCUCCCGCGGCCCGCGAAAAGGCAAGAAUUCCGCGCUCGACACCUCAAUCCGACUUGCAUCUGGAAGUUGAUUCCACUGAGGCACUGCGUCUGCUCUACUAUAUUUCGUGUCAACUACUCCAUGUCAAGGGGGCUCUAGACAGUUUCUGGGCACAUAUUCGGUACACCUUUAUUCUGGUGAUGUUGCAUGGAUCACAACCGCUCAAAGAUAUCAUGGUCAUAUUACCCUUGCUGUCAACGAGCAUCCGGGCAGACUCAUUUGGCCCCAUCAUGUCUUCGGAACAGGACCAAGCGGACGUCCAGAAAUGGAUUGUCGACCGCUUGUCAUUCAUGCUCAGUGAGGCGGCCAUGCCAGAUGAAGGUUGCGAGCCCUACACAGCCUACGACAUCUGCGCCAUGCGGCUCGAGGUUCUACUUUUGCUAGAGUCCUUAGCAUUCAACCCAGCAGCUCCGUCCAAAGAACACGGAAGUGCCAUAAUCGCAGCACAUCCAACAGCCUUGCCACGUCUGUUCCGCUCAAUGCACGACGAGUUAGAUGCGCUCUACUCCUCGCCACCCGAACAAGAACUCCGCGUGGCGAUGGUGAACGGCCUGAUGCGCCUCAUCUUCGGAGUCAUGCGUCGCCACGGCCCAUCCAUCAACAUGCAAGAGAAACUGGCGUCCGUGUCGGGAAGUAAACAAAAGCACCUGGUAGUUCUCACACGGCUGGCAUUUUGCGACGGAUCUGUUUUGGAGGCGGGCAUCGACGACGAGACGGUGGAUAUGGCACACGAGUUGCUAGAAGAGUGGACGAACCCACAAGAGGCGGAGUCACUGGCCGAGGCUUUCCCCAGUUCUCGGCGAGACUGAUGGCAGGAAGGGAUGAUAGGGAUGGCGUUUGGGUGAGGGAGGGGAGGAAUGGGCUUUGCAUAUUUGACAUGGCGCUGAGGAUUUGGGAUUUGAGUUGCAUGCAUCCGUUUCUACGAGCUUCAUGAAUUUGAGAUACCAAUAUUUACUUGAAAUG